UUUUAUUAGUGGGUCAAGAACGCCCGAUUACACACGCAUGCCUGAGUGUGUUGUGUCACACGAUUAAAAAUGUAUGACACGGUUUCUGUGCGUUAGUAUAAAAUUGGUUCAAUAUAAAGUUUGUGAAAGUGAACGUUUGUGUUCGUAAACGCAUGUGUCAGUCGCUUCUCCGUCUUCCCCUGAGCUUUGAGUGAAGACCUGAAGCGACCCGGUGAAGCAUGCUGUCCCUCAAGGAGAAGGACCGGCCCAUCGUCAGAAAGCUGCUGUGCGCCGGCUGCUGUGUGAGAUGCGUUCUGCGCUUCUGCUGCGUGGGAAGCAGCUCCGCUUACAGACGGCCCUACCAGGACUUGCACAAGGAGCUUCUGGCCUUCAUCAGUGAGGAGGCGUCCCACGAUGCCUCUGUUGAGGAGACUAACGACGGCCCUCGGAGUAAACGCGCGAGGAUGGAUGAGGACUCUUUCUCACCGGAGCGGACGGACUCGGACGUUUGUCCCGUCUGCUUAGGAGUCCUGCAGGACUUCUGUGAUCCCACCUUCGCCAAACAGGUGUCAGAUGCCGUGAAAGAACAACAGUACGAGUUUGACAGUCUGGUGCUGACCGUUUCUCUUCCCGCUCAGCUGUCCGUCAGAGAGCAUUCCUGCUGGUUGCACAUCAAGAAAGAAGUCAGAGAGAAGAGCAUGUGUUUGGGUAAAGAGGACGUCAUCCAGGUGAAGGACGCUUUCAAGUGGGCCGUACAGGGAAAGAUCGGACAGGAGCUGGGAGCCGCUGUCGUGGCCAAUAGUCCUUGUGAGGUGAGCGUCGGCUUCAUACACCCGGAAACAGAGGAGGACUGUCAUUUCUUAGCCGAUACCUGUCCAGACUGUUUCAAACCCACCAAAAACAAAGUGUCCAUCUUCACCCGGAUGGCCGUGGUUAAAGCUCUGGAGAAGAUCUCUGAAGAGAGGUUUAGCAGGCAUUACCCGUGUCCACCAAAGAAAGCUAACACUAGAUGUACAGCGCUGGACACCACAUGUCUCCACACCUCCGUUUUCAUAGCAGGUCGGUAUAAUAAGUUUUCGCGGGAGCUUCCACAGACGCCGUGGGUGAUCGACGGAGAGCGACGGAUGGACGGCUCGGUGGAGGAGCUGAUCGCCGCUCCCCUCCUGUCCUCGUUCAGAGCAGACGGUUUUAACUUCUCGUCUUCGGGGAGGGAGGAUGUGGACGUGAGGACUCUGGGAAAUGGUCGACCGUUCGCCGUGGAGCUGCUGAACCCCCAUCGAGCCAAACUGAGCGGAGCUGAAAUCAGACAGCUGCAGGAGACGAUCAACCAGUCCUCUGAUAAAAUUAGAGUACGAGACCUACAGAUCGUUACCAGAGAAGCAACGAGCCGUAUGAAAGAGGGUGAAGAAGAGAAGACUAAAACCUACAGCGCCCUCAUCUGGACGCAGAAGGCCAUCGACGGCACCCAUCUGGAGUUCCUAGCAAACAUCAAGGAUCUGAAGAUCGCUCAGAAGACUCCACUGAGGGUCCUGCAUCGCCGGCCGCUGGCGGUCCGACAGAGACUCAUCCACUCCAUGAGCACCGUUUAUCUGGACCAACACCACUUCACCCUGAAGCUGCGCACACAGGCCGGCACGUACAUUAAAGAGUUUGUGCACGGAGACUUCGGCCGCACGAAGCCCAACCUCUGCGACCUCAUGAAAACCGACGCUGAUAUUCUGGAGCUGGAUGUCGAGUCUGUUGACAUCGACUGGCCUCCUGCUAUUCCAGAUUGACAUUCGGAUUUUGAGAAUAGUUGUAUGUCAGGGCUAUAUUAUAUAUUAUUUGAUUAAUACAGUUCUUUGUUAGUUUGACUGUGAUUUGGUUGAAUUAAAGAAAGUGGCACUCGAUGCAUUUUCUUUUAUAAAA